AUGGCCGGUGACUUAAAUGCUCACCACGCGCAAUGGGAUUUGAAACACCAAGAUUCCAGAGGUCUAAUCGGUGUGAAGCAACUCGAAAUUUUGGGGUAUAAUGUCAGUGCAGCCGGGAUAAGACCAGAGGAUAAAGUUGAAGCUAUCCGAAAUUUCAGGAAACCCGAGACUAUUGAGGAAACCCGUAGCUUCUUGGGCCUUAUCAAUUUUGUUGGGCAGUUUAUUCCGUGUCUGUCUACUAGAACUGAGCCAUUGCGUAAGUACAUAAGAGGAGAUGUAGCUAUUUUUGGUGAUGAACAAGAAGAAGCUUUCAAUGACCUUCGGAAUGAACUGUCCAAAACCGUUCGGAGACUGGGAUUAAUUGACCCGAAUGAUGAAACCGAAUUAUUUGUGGACGCAUCUCCGGUAGGCCUUGGUGCGGUCCUCACUCAAAGGGACAAAAUGAACAUAUCUCGUAUUAUCAGCUUCGCGUCGAAGGGAUUAACCAAAGUUGAAAGGAUCUAUCCUCAGACACAACGUGAAGCCCUCGCGGUUGUAUGGGCUGUCGAAAAGUUUUAUCCUUACUUGUUUGGCAUGAGAUUCACAAUCUACACAGGCCACAAGACUCUUGAAUACAUUUACGGCGGAAAACAUCGCGAUGGAAAACGAGCUUGUACAAGAGCUGAAGGUUGGGCACUUCGUUUGCAGCCGUUCAACUUCUGUAUCAAGCACAUUCCUGGUGCUACUAAUAUCUCAGACAUACUUUUACGUUUAUGCCCAAGGUCUGAUUCCGAUGUUCCGUUCGAUGAGGAAUCUGAACACUAUUUGUGCGCUAUAGACGAUGGAAUGAGUGCUAUCACCCUGGAACAUAUUCAAAAUGAAACUAAACAUGACGCAACAUCUAAUGCGGUUAUUGAAGCUCUUCGAAGUGGAGUUUGGCCUUCGGAUCUUUUUCACUAUCAGUCAUUCACGAAGGAGCUCGGAGUAAUCAAUGGUAUCGUCGUUAGAAAUGAUCGAAUAGUUCUCCCUAGCAAGCUAAGGACUCAAGCCUUGGAUAUUGCACAUCGAGGACACCCAGGAGUGGUCAGCAUGCGACGUAGUUUGCGGGAAAAUUUGUGGUGGCCCUAUAUGGACAGAGAUGUUGGUGACCGUAUCCAGGAAUGUGCUGGGUGUGCAGCCGUAAGCACUCAAGGUCCUCCGGAGCCAAUAGCGAGAAAACAAAUGCAAGAUCGAGCGUGGCAGGAGAUCGCGAUCGACUUUUUUUCAGCAAAAGAGUUUGCUACUUUUCUGGUGGUUGUAGAUUACUAUAGCCGUUUCUUGAAGGUCAUAGAGAUGAGAGGUACAACAGCCACAAAGACUAUCGAAGCCCUUGAGUCCGUGUUUCUGGAGCAAACGUAUCCGGAAACAAUUCGCAGUGAUAAUGGCCCACCUUUCUCCAGCGAAGAGUUCCAGAAUUAUUACAUUGGCGCAGUCCCCGCUGAGCAGGACGCCGGUGAUCGGCAUGGUGCGCUCGAGAGUUCCCCUCUCGUAGCCACCGCUCCUGCGUCCACUGCUGCUAGCGAAGUCAUUCCUUCUGAUGCCUCUUCAGAAGCGUCCACCAGUUCAGAAUCGCCCACCAGUCCAGGAUCGUCCACCAGUCCAGAAGGAAGUCUACAUCCAACGAUAUAG